GCCGCCAUCUUGGAAGCGGGCAGAGGGCGAUGACGUCGCGGGCGCGGGACGCGGCGGUGACGGCGUCAGAGCGAGACGAGACGGGGCGAGACGAGCCGGGCGAGCUCGGAGGUGAGCGGUUUGCUGCUGCUGUGGGAAUGGGGGAGUACGGAGUGGCACCAGGCCAGCGCGUGGCCAUCAUCUGGGACAGCUCCUCGCCGGUUGAAGCCCUGAAGGAUUUGGUGGAUAAAAUCCAGGCACUGGUGGGAGCCAAUAAUCGUGUGUCUGUGGAAAACAUUAACCAGCUGUCUCAGUCAGCUCACAGGGAGUCCAGUUUUGAUGUAGUUCUCUCUGGUGUGGUACCAGGCAGUACAGCACAGCACAGUGCGGAGGUACUGGCAGAAAUAGCUCGGAUACUUAAGCCGGGGGGCCGUGUCCUCCUGAAAGAACCAGUGGUUACAGAAUCAGGAAACAACAGCAGAAUCAAGACAGCAGCCAAACUCCCCACAGCUCUGACUCUCUCUGGGUUGGUGGAAGUGAAGGAGCUGCAAAAGGAAGCGUUGACCCCAGAGGAGGCCCAGUCGGUCCAAGAGCAUUUGGGUUACCAAGGCAAUGACCUUCUCAUUGUUCAGAUAGAAGGCAGGAAGCCCAAUUUCGAAGUGGGUUCCUCAAGUCAGCUCAAACUUUCCUUUGCCAAGAAACCUGGUCCUUCAGGAAAACCCCCCGUGGACCCAGCCACUGCCAAGCUGUGGACGCUCUCUGCCAAUGAUAUGAAUGAUGAAGAGAUGGAUCUUCUGGACUCUGAUGAGCUGUUGGAUUCAGAAGAUUUGAAAAAACCAGAUCCGUCAUCCCUUAGAGCUCCAUCCUGCAAAGAAAUGGGCAAAAAGAAAGCCUGCAAGAACUGCACAUGUGGCCUGGCUGAAGAGCUGGAACAGGAGAAGAAGAGCUCGCAGCCCAAAUCUGCCUGUGGAAAUUGCUAUCUGGGGGAUGCGUUCCGCUGUGCCAGCUGUCCUUAUCUGGGGAUGCCUGCCUUCAAGCCUGGGGAGAAGAUUCUCCUGAAAGAGAACCAGCUGCAUGAUGCCUAACAAAGGCAUCUCUGGCUGUCCUGUGAAGGACUCCUCUGCUUUUCCAUCAGUCUGAGGUUCUUGCAGUUCUCCUUAUCCUCUCAAACUCAUGCUCUCCAGCCAAUACUCCUUGUGGGGAGGGACGCUGGGGGCACUGACACUGCUGUGAACUCAUCACUUGUAAUCAACCUUGGGCUACCUGAUAAUCUUUGGUGACAAGUGGUCUCAUAUGUAUUAGCCUUCAUGUUAUGCCUUGUUUUAGCUGGCUUGACUUGAUACUGGGACACUGGCCAUCACAGCAUGUCCCACCAGCAGAGGGAAGUAGAAUCAGGUGUCAGGUUAACCUCGUUUGUGUGUGGCAGGACCCAUACUUCCCCAUGCCCCUGUCGUACAGCUCUAAUUUGCCCUGAUUUUUCCCUGAUGAAUCAGCAGCUCUGGCUCAGCUCAGGGUGACACUGGGCUCCUGCUGUCUUUGAAAUUUGAACCUUCAGUUCCUUACCACGUGAAGGUGGCUCAGUAGCUCCUGUUGCAAGUCAGGAGCAGCGAGUACACUUAGCCGUAUGUAUAUGUACUCUUAGAAGCGUAUGUGAACUCCUUGGUAAAGUCUGGCAGGCAUGAUGAAUUUCCAAGCGUUUUGGGAGCCUCCCCAUGAUAUCCCCUUCCCCCACCUAUUUCCAUAAAAAUGACAAAGAUUCAGUCCCACUGAGAAAACUCCCGCCCUUAAGGCAGAGAGCAGAUUAAACAAGAUGUGUCUUGUCCUCCCACACCUUUCUGUCCAACAUCAACUGAUAACACAAGGGCAAUCUGAGACUGUUGCCUCUCUUGGUGGUUACCAGGUUAGUUACCUGCAGUGUCCAGUAAGUAAGAACAUAGCAAUAACUUAAUUUCUAGAUGAUCUGUGGUCACCGUCCGCUCCACAAGGUACUGACUACUCUUUAUUUAUUUGCAUAAUUACUGCUAGUGAAGUAUCCGCACAGGUGCGGUUUGUUCUGUGCCAGGCUUGCUUCUCACCCAGGGAGGAAGAGGAGGAAAACCCAAAGCCGGUGUCUCAGUGGGGUUUGCUUUGGAGCUCAUGCUCUACAGGAUGUGACUGCUUGUUGUUGUGCUACCUGAGUUACACACUAAACUCAUGGAGGGAGCUGGGAUGAAAGGCUGUUCUGUCCUUGAAAUAAAAAUGACAAAGCGUUUGUUUUAAGACUGGUAUUAGUGGCGUUCUAAGCGCGUCUUUCCUUUUACUCAGCCUCUCAGUGAUUUCUGGAACCAUUUAAAUGUUGGGUUGCAUGUUGGAGUUCUCCAUAAAUUAUUCCACUGAAAACAUGACUCAAAUACGUGAUGCCCAGUGGAAAGAACAGAAUCAAGCUGCCUAGAUUAACUUUUUUAUUUGGUCUAGAUUUCAGAAAGAGGCUUUCUCCUGGUUAAGUAAGGAGACUAAGGUUUGCGGGGAGAGAAGGGAGGGAGUCCUCCAGGUGUGCAGAGCACCCUGUGUGGAUCAAGGGGCAGGUGCUGGAGUGUGACCUGUGUACUACUUGGUACUUACCUGGGAGCCAGAGGGGAAUAUGAGGGACUGGUGGCAACAGCAACGGAGACCUCCAAGAGCUUGUGUGUAGAGGGGUGGCUGCCCUCCAGCAAGAGCACGGCUUUCGCAGACCCCUUCCUCACCCUUAUCCCAAGUCACUGCCUCUGUCGUCAGUGAGAACAGCUCCCAAGGAGACGACACAAGUCUUGUGAUAAACCUCCUGUCCAGCAAACCUGUUGGCACUCCCAUCUUGUGAUCUAAAGAAAUGGGUAAAAGCCUCUGCACACCUAUGACCUUUUUCGGUUUUAUUGCCUUUUUUCAGCCUCACUGGUAGCGGAAAAUUGGAUAUCUGCACGUCUCCAUGUGAAAGGUUCCUGAUAAAGGCAGCCCUUAACCUGAACUCUGCUUUCCUGUCAGAAGUAAAUAAGAUAAGAGAGGGAGGAGGCAGCAGAAGCUUUUGUUUUACAGUGAUUCACUCAACUGGAAUUUAAACAAGCUGGAAGCACUUUCAGAUACUGCUGAGUUCAGUUAAUGAUGGUUAAGGCUGUGUAAUCUCGUUCUCUUUAAGCAAUGGAGCAUAAACUGGGUGGGAAUAUGCUCCUAUCAGGCUGCUUUUGAGGAGUAUUUAACCUUUUAGCCCCCUUCCCUUGUCUGCUGCAGUCUCCAGCUACGCUGCCUACCCUCCCUUCCUCCUUCUACCCCUAGUCCUUGUGCCUGGCUGCCCACCCUGCACGUGGGAGGGUGGCACUUGUCCCUAGGGGGUGAGCAAGCUGAGGCUGUGCCUAGAAUAGAAUAGAAUAUUUCAGCUGGAAGGGACCUACAACGAUUAUCUAGUCCAACUGCCUGACCAUUUCAGGGCUGACUAAAAGCUAAAGCAUGUUAAGGGCAUUGGCCAUAUGCCUCUUGAACACUGACAGGCUUGGGACAUCGACCACCUCUCCAGGGAGCCUAUUCCAGGGUUUGACCACCCUCCUGGUAAAGAAAUGCUUCCUAAUGUUCAGUCUAAACCUCCCCUAGAGCAGCUUUGAACCAUUCCCAGGUGUCAAAUUGUUAUCAAUUAACAUGUAUAAUAUGAUUGAAAUAAUCAGGGAGCUGCUAAAGUCCUGUGUACAGCCCCCAUCAGUUAAUAUUUAAAAUAGGGAAACAGUAACUAGACAUGAUUGAGGGUUUAGAAACUAACUACUAGACAAUGGUGAUGUUAGGAAUAGAGGAUCCUGUUUGUUUAGAAUAGAAAAUGCUGUUUUAAAUUAAGUUAGUUAAUAAUUUUCAACUUCAAACAACUUUAAUACUACCUAGAGGAUUAGCCGAAGUUAUCCUGUACUUUUUUAUACUUUCCUGAUUGAUGAUACAUUCCUCUUGGCAGGAAAACGGACCACUGACCUAGUCAAGAGCGACUUAGCAGUCAAAGUGAGGAGGGGAUACCUCCCCAAACGACCACCGAAGACCACCUGAGACCCCUGCACAUGUGGAGAAAGCAUUUGUGUGUCACGAUUAUGUAAUCUUAUGCAUAAGCAUUAGAUAGUCUGAAUAUGUACUAGGUAGGAGUAGUUUAAUGAAUCGUAUGUAAUUGUUACUGUAUAAAAGAGGCACACCUGAUGAAUCGGGUGUGCUUGAUUUGUGGAGAAUCCACUGAGCACCCAGGCCUGAAUAAAAAGCAGUAUCUCUCCUGAGUGUGUGAGAUUGGUCUAUUGCACACCGGGUAGGCAAUCUGCUUUUAGGACAACAGCUUUUGGUGACCCAGAUGGGACAGCUGUGACGCCUUGCCCGGAUCAACUUGCCAGCCACUGGUGGGGAGAUGCUGCUCUUUGGACUCCAGCACACACCGAUCUUUUGAUCGGGGAUUCCAAGAGUAUUCUCCCCAGCUGGAGCAGGUAAGUGACACAAUGGUGCAACACCAACUGAAAGAGAUAUUGCUAGUUUGAUGUAUAAUUGGUGUGAUUGGUAUAUCGUAUGCAUUUGACAGUGACAACUGCAGUAUAUGAUAUUACAGUAUUUACAUGUAUAGGAAAAGGUAAUCAUAUACGUUUGACAAUGAUGACUGGAGUAUAUGAAAUCUUGGUUGAGAACGUUCUUUCUGGAGAGAAAUAUGGGUGCCCAGCAGCCAGCAGAAACUCCUUGUUCCCCAUUAGGUUGUAUUUUAAAACAUUGGGGCAAGUUUGGAGGGGAUCCCCUAACAAAAAAGAAGCUGACAGAGUACUGUACUCAGUGCUGGCCAAAAUAUAAAUUGGAUGAUGGGGAAAAAGGGCCAGAAAAGGGAUCAUUGAACUAUAAUACAAUUUUACAAUUAAUGUUGUUUUGCAGAAGAUUGGAUAAAUGGGAUGAGGUGCCAUAUGUUGAUCUGUUCUUCUCGUUAAGGAACAAUCAUGAAAUAUGGAAAAAAUGUAAUUUGUUAACUUCUGACUCAAAUGUAAUGAUGAUAAUGGAAGAUAUUAAGAAGGCACCAAUGUGUUGUUCUGCUUGUAGUAUUGGGAAAAAGUGCCUAAAACUGGAAGAGGAGGAGGAGGAUAUCCAGACGUUAGUAGCUCCAGAUAAGGAAAGUGUUACUAGUGGGGGAGGAGAUAGUGAAAGGGGUAGUGAAGCUUUGAGUCCAAUAGCAGGUAGAACUCGAGCACAACAGCAUCCUGUAGUUCAGACCCCCCUUCGCCAAGCAGACGGUAUGCCGGUAUAUGUAAAAGUACCAUUUACACCAGAAGAAAAAAGAAUGGUUAUAGAAAAGGCAAGGGAGGAGAAUGAACAGCAGAAUGCCAGAGAUGGCCCUGACAGGCUUAUGCCAAUUCAGGAGCCUAAUUGGAACCUGAAUUUGAGUACAGGGAGGUUGAUGAUUAAUAACCAACACCACCAGCUAAUUUUGUAUGGAAUAAAGAAUGAGGUAUCUAGACCAAAGAACCUUGCUAAAUUAUAUCAAGUGGUACAAGGUAAAACAGAAGAUCCAUCUGCUUUUUAUGAACGAUUAUGCGAGGUGGCCAGAAAAUUGACAGAUUUAGACUCUGAAGAUGAAGCCAAUAAAAUUACUUUUACCAUGCUCUUUGUAGGACAAUCAGCACCUGGUAUAAGAAGGAAAUUACAGAAGGUGGAUGGAAUGUCUAAGAUGACAAUAUCCCAGCUGAUUGAAAUUGCCUAUAAGGUAUACAAUAACAGAGACGAGGCUGAGAAAAAAGAAAAUUAAAAGAAAAAAUUAAAGGAUAGAAAGCAAAAAGCAGCAAUAUUGGCUGCUGCUUUUGUAAAGGCUCAGACCUCAUCCAGAGGUCAAGGUUUUAGAAGGGGAUGAGGACAAGGGAAGAGCCGAGGAAUGAGAAGAAAUCUGGAAAUUAGGACCCCCCUAAAUAAAGACCAGUGUGCUAUUUGUAGAGAAAAAGGACAUUGGAAGAAUGAAUGCCCAAAAAGACAGUCUAAUCAGACUUUCAACUCCUGUAGUGAUAACUAUACUGGGGGAAUUAAUUGGAGUCGUUUAUGUAGACUCCGAUUGACAGGGACUGGGGGUCAAAAAGAUAGAGUCCCCAGCCGAACCCCUUGUUGAAAUGAAAAUGGGGAAUGAUGUAGUUAAGUUCUUAGUUGACACAGGAGCAACUUAUUCCAUACUAAAUAGUUGUAAAGGACCUAUAAGUAAAUAUUCCAUGGCUGCUGUUGUGCAACAGGAAAACGAGAGGUUAGACCCCUUUUUCCAUCCGAUUGAGUGUAAAAUUGGUAACAAGAUGUUUGUACAUGAGUUUUUAUACAUGCCAGAAUGCCCGUUACCUCUGAUGGGAAGGGACUUGUUGAAUAAAUUAGGGGCACAAAUAACUUUUGAUGCAAAUAAAAUAAGAGUCCAUAUUCCGCAAAAUAUGCCUGGGAAGCACAGAUAUAUGUGUUACAGGCACUACUUGGAACAGCAGAAGACAAAGAAAAGGAAGUCAACUCCGUUGCAGAAACAGAAGAUGCUGUAACUCACUUCGUAUGAACAACUGAGAAACCUGGGUGAGCUAAAUCAGCUGAACCGGUAAAAAUAGAAUUGAAGACAAGACCUAAGCCAGUAAGAUGAAAACAGUAUCCUAUAAAAUUGGAAGCCCAUGUUGGAUUGGAACCUAUCAUAAACAACUUCCUCCAGUACGGACUAUUGCGGGAAUGCCAGUCAUAAUAUAACACUCCAAUUCUACCCAUUAAAAAGCCACAUUCACAGGAGUAUAGAUUGGUACAAGAUCUAAGAGCUAUCAACCAAAUAGUAGUGGAUGUCCAUCCAGUGGUACCUAAUCCCCACACCUCGCUGACUACUAUCAUUGAUUCUAAUGUUUGUUUUACAGUACUGGACUUGAAGGAUGCUUUCUUCUGCAUUCUUAUAGAGCAAAGUCAGAAGCUGUUUGCUUUUGAAUGGGAAAGUCCCAUGACAGGAUGGAAAAUGCAGUUAUGCUGGACAGUGCUUCCCUAAGGAUUCAAGAAUAGCCCCACGAUUUUUGGUAACGUACUUGAGACAGAACCGGAGCAGUGGCAAGGAAAACGGACCACUGACCUAGCCAAGAGCGACUUAGCAGUCAAAGUGAGGAGGGGAUACCUCCCCAAACGACCACCGAAGACCACCUGAGACCCCUGCACAUGUGGAGAAAGCAUUUGUGUGUCACGAUUAUGUAAUCUUAUGCAUAAGCAUUAGAUAGUCUGAAUAUGUACUAGGUAGGAGUAGUUUAAUGAAUCGUAUGUAAUUGUUACUGUAUAAAAGAGGCACACCUGAUGAAUCGGGUGUGCUUGAUUUGUGGAGAAUCCACUGAGCACCCAGGCCUGAAUAAAAAGCAGUAUCUCUCCUGA